AUGGCCACUAAUCCAUUAGCUGGAUACUCUGCUCUGCUCACCGGUAUUCCAACUACGGAUCAUUUGGAGGGCGGGGGAAUAGAUUCCCGUACAUUUAAAACGUUCAAGCUACUCAUGACAAAAGCUAGACUGAUUGAAAAUCUUGGUCAGCUAGUAGAUGAUGCCAAUAGUGCCCUCGGACAUUUAGACACCUCACGCCCUUUCGAUCCUUUCAACGGCAUAUACCUCCUGAUAUAUCAGAUGACACAUCGUCUACUGGGGAGUUAUGACGUGGCGGAUAGCCCACGGCUGCUUGCAGAAACUCUAGCAGUUUACGAUCGAAUGAAUGACUCCUCUGCAGGGCAGACCAUGUUUCCUAUGAUGCCAACACUGGGAAUGCUUCGCAAGCUAUGGGCCGGUGCGAGACUGCACUUGCUAUUUCGAAGCAUGAUAAGAGAUCGCAGGAAGUGUGGCAGACGAGAAAACGAUGCGAUGCAAAUUAUGAUGGACAAAGGGGAUAGCGACAUUCAAAUUUCGACGGUUAUCAUCUCCAGCCUUUUUGCAGGGCUCCUCAACAGUGGUGUCAACGCAGCAUGGAUACUAUGCUAUCUCGCCAAACAUCGUGACUGGUAUAUGAAGGUGCAGGCCGAGGUCGAUGAAGUCAUCGCCGCAGGCCGUCAAUCAGACGAUGAGACUCCACGACAGAUAUUAGAGCGCUUGACCAUAGAGCAGUGGGAGUCCAGUUUUCCAAUGCUCGGGUAUGCUCUGCAAGAAUCAAUCCGCCUUAAUCUUCCAGGCAUUUUCAUUCGCAAAAAUAUUACCAAUGUCAACCUACCCCUAGUGGGCACAAACAUAAUAGUUCCUAGAGGGUCCUUUGCUGUAUACUUGGCCGAUGAUGUGCAUUUAAAUCAAGAUUUAUAUCCUGAACCAUUGGAAUGGAACCCUUGUCGUCAUAUUCAGUCGUCGCCCGAUGGCCGCGAAAGCUCUUCGCUCGAUUAUCUGGGAUGGGGAGCAGGGCUGCACCCUUGCCGUAAGCUACACCACUUACCCAAUUAUCUCUAA